CAUGUCUUCAACACGGGAUCGAAUCCUCACCCUAGUUCUUCUCACACUCGUCUCUGCCGGACCCUGCGAUAUUUAUGGUUCUGGGAAUACUCCUUGUGUAGCUGCGCAUAGUACCACCCGAGCUCUUUACGAUUCCUACAAAGGCAACUUAUACCAAGUCCAACGAGCCUCAGACAGUAAAACACAAGACGUCGCUCCCCUGAAGCCCGGAGGAGUUGCGGACGCUGGUUCGCAAGACAAGUUUUGCGAAGGCACUAGCUGUGUCAUCAGCAUCAUAUAUGAUCAAUCGGGUCAAGGGAACGACCUUCGCGCCGCACCAUCAGGAGGCGCAACUGGUAACCAAACAGGUCCUGAUAGAUUAGCUGAUGCGACUGCUGCACCUGUGAAGGUUGAUGGUCAGAAAGCUUAUGGAGUGUUUAUUUCCCAAGGUGUUGGGUACCGUCAGGAUGUCACCAAGGGAGUCGUUACUGGGGAUAAGGAAGAGGGAAUGUACUUUGUUGUUGACGGGACGCACUCAAAUGGCCAGUGCUGCUUCGAUUAUGGCAACGCAGAGGUGUCGAAUAACGACACGGGAAAAGGCAGUAUGGAAGCACUCUACUUCGGUAAUGCCCCGAGUGGGAAAACAAGCGGCAGUGGCCCAUGGAUUGCAGCAGACCUCGAAGACGGCGUAUGGGCAUCUAUCGACCAACCCAGCCCAUCUAUGAACUCUCGCUUUGUCUUUGGUGCGUUGAAAGGAAGCGCGGAAAAGUAUUCUCUGCGUGGUGCUGAUGCUACCGGUGGAAUGAUGCAAACGCAUUAUUCCGGCACGCGACCAGAUGGAUAUGUUGGCCAUAUGAAUCUCACUGGCGCGAUAAUCCUCGGUAUCGGCGGUGAUAAUAGUAAUUGGGGAGUCGGAACGUUCUAUGAGGGCGUUAUGGUCGCUGGAUCCCCGAGUGAUGAUACCGAGAAUUCUGUGCAGGCCAACAUAGUUGCUGCGAAGUACUCGACUUAG